AUGCAUAAAUUAACAUUGAAAUUUUUAGACCAAUCAAUUGAACAGAAAUACUAGCUAGAAAAUCAAUCUCCUAAAAGAAGAACACACUUAAAAAUAUUUUUAUCAUUUUUUAUAGUACUUUAGAUCAUUAAGCUGAUUAUUGCUUUAAUAAUAAAGAAUUAUGCAACAGUCUACCCUACACUUGGCAUGAUGGGAUGCACAGCUUUUUCGAAAUUCUUUAAUUACAAUAAAGAAAAUCAUUAACGGGCCUUAAUUAUUUACAUUAACAUUUGCUUUACAAUUUAUGUUGUCUUUUUUGAUCCUCAUUUAGAUACUCCCACUAUGUAUUUUAGAGGUGCACAUUAAAUGGCCAUUAAUAUAAUUAAUAUAUUAGGAACUGAAUUUAUAGAUUCAACCUUUACUAUUAUUGCGUUGUAUUUACUUAGAAUUUUUCACUUUAUCUAUAAUUCUUCUAGUGUUGACAUUACAACUGUUUUAAUGGGCUUAAGUGCUAAUAUAGCUUUGAUUAUAGUUUUCUAUUUUUAUCAUAAAGCAAUUAGAUCAUAAUUUCUCUUAACGAAAAUCGAUUAAAGAUGGGAAAAUAUAUUAAAAUAAAUUCUUCAUAAUUAAAAAUUUAUCUUAAUAAAUUAUCAAAUUGAAAAAUUGCAAUUUUAAAGUAUAACGUCAACAUUUUCUUAAACUAUUUAAUCAGAAGAGCAGGUUCUUAACUUUAUAAGGAAAGCCAAGGUUGAAAAUAAUACUUUGGAAUAAUAUUUAUUUCAUAAACUACAAGGUUUUGCUUCAAACUUUUUAGAAAUUGUAAAUCAUUCUGUAAAUGUCAAAUUUGAUAGAUAAUUAAUGUUGGUUAAUUAUUCAAUUUUUUUUGGAAAUUAGCCAACUAUCCUAAUACAAACUGACUCAUCAUAAUAUUAUUCAUAAAAUUAAGAAAUUUAAAAAGUUUCUCAUGCAUAUUUAAAAUUAAUGAGUGUUUUCAUUAAGAUUAUUAAGCAUAAUAAACCUUUUGAUAAAAUACAAUUCCAUAAUUUAGCUAAUAAAAUUUAAUUUCAAGGUUUAAUGAUAUCAAUAUGGAACAAAUAAAUUGUAUAAAAAACUAUAAGUUUAAAGAAAUCUUUACUGAAAGUAUAAUCUUUUUGUAAUCCUUACACUAAAAUUAAACUUAUAGAUUCGGAUUAAUUUAUUAAUACCCUUCCCAAAAUAUUUUAUUUAUUAUUAGCUUUCGUUGUUGAUUGUACAAAUAGUGAAUAGAUCAAAAUGAAACAUGAGAGUUUGGAAACUUAAUUAAUAAGAAUUAAAAUAAAAGGAAAGUUCAAUAUUCAGAAACUUAAUUAUUAUACCUUUAAAUUUAAAUAUUAUUUGCUUCUCAUUUGCAAAGAAAUCAAUGCAGAUUAAAAUUGUAUAAACUUUUAUUAUGUUAUAUUUAGGUAUUAAUAUUUAAUUAAAUGACGAAAUCCUCUAACCAUUUACAGAUCUAAAUAUGCCCUAUUAAAAUUUAGGCGUGUUAAAGAAUACACAAACUCAUUAAAAUUGA